UGUAUCUUUUGGCAAUAGUUUUGGUCAGUUUGGGGCAGAAACAAGCCAGUUCAAAAAAUGUUAACAUUCUUAUCUUCAAAGGAAUAAGAUGGCCCCACAUUCCCCUUAAUACAGAAAUACAGUCAAACCUUGUUAUCUCGAACUAGAUGGGACUGGUUAAAAACCUCGAGAUAUCCGAGUAUUCGAGAUAUCAAGGUAAAUCACUUAAAAUUUAAUUGGUUGGGACUUACAAAUCACUUCGACAUAUCCAUUGUAUUCAAGAUAUCGGUGUUCGAGAUACCGAAGUUCCAACUGUAUAUAUACAGUAUACACAUACAAGUCAUGCACUUAGAAGUUGGGUUUGCAUACUAAGAUUAAUAAAGUACAGGUAAAUAAGAGUUUUACAAUUUAUUUCCCAAAUAAUAUGUAGGUAACAGCUAUACCUUUGUAGCCAUUUAAAGCAAUUCUGCAAAAUAAUGUAUUGCUGUUAUCCUUUUCAUUGCGAAAACAUUGAAAAAAGCACCCCAAAUCAGUAUUCAACAUUGAAAUAUGACUCUCGGGUCAAUUUUAAACCCAGGUCAAUAUUCUUUGUUCCAUCCUAUUCUGGCAAAAUAAGAUUUUAAAAAAUUACUCUCUAUUUCUCUGUAAAAGUUUAACCAAGGAAUCACGAAAUUUGCAAUUAAGAAAAAUUAAUAUUGAUGUGAGAUCUUGACAAUCUUUCAACUGAAAAUGAUUAGUGGAAAAGUUGGGCUAAAAUUAGUGCUCCUGGUAGAGUCUAAAGUUAACCCUAUACCUAGGUACAUACAUUAUACCAGUAUACUAAAUGUUAUCGGUAAUUAUGAAAGCUUGUAUCAGCUUGCAUAGUAUAUUACACAUGUGCAAUAUCAAUUUUCUUCCUCAGGCAACAGAUAUUUUAAAGAUGAUUUACAUCCAAUUUCAAAAAGAAAAAGAAGAAGGCCAUGUGAGAAACAUUGACGACCCCAUGAAGAGAUUAUCUUCAGCAACAGGGAUAAGUGUGAAAACACUGAAAAAGAAGGUUGUUGUCGACCCUGUGGAGAUGGUGGUGGAGGAUCUUCAGGCAGCUCCUCCUGUACCUGUUCCUAAGAAGAAACGUGGUCCCUGUAGAAAGCUUGAUGACUUCGAUGCAGAUUUGGUGAAGAGGACCAUUCAUGAUAUGCAGUUGAAGGGCCAGUACGUUUCACUUCGUCGACUGUCAGAUGUACUAGUAGAAAAGGGAGUCAGGAUCACAAAGUCUCCAUUGGGGAGACUUGUGAAGGAUCUUGGGUUCAGGUAAGCACAUAGAGAUGAAUCUCAUUUUCCUACUGCAAUACUGCCAAGUCACCUUCAAUCUG